UGUUGCAAGGUUUGGGAUUAGGAUAUAUUUCGAUCCAUGCUUGCAAAAAUGAUUGUGUUUUGUACUGGGCUUAACAUAAAGAUAGGCAGGAGUGUCCACAUUGUGGUACUUCGAGGUGGAAAAUUGAUAAUCGAAGGGAGAAAAAGAUUCCACAUAAAGUCUUGCGGUAUUUUCCAUUAAAACCGAGAGUUCAAAGAUUAUUUAUGUCUAAAAAAACAAUUGUCGACAUGAGAUGGCAUAAAGAAAAACAUCUUGAUGAGGAAAAUGUGUUAAAGCAUCCCGCUGAUUCUGAAGCAUGGAAAGAAUUUGACAAGAAUCAUCCCUGGUUUUCACAAGAACCCCGUAAUAUUAGACUCGGUCUUGCAACUGAUGGUUUUAACCCAUUCGGUAACAUGAGCACAUCGUAUAGUAUGUGGCCUGUCAUUCUCGUUCCUUAUAAUCUUCCUCCUUGGAAAUGUUUUAAGGACCCAUUUAUGAUAAUGUCAUUGCUUAUUCCUAGUCCUCAAGCACCAGGAAAGGAUAUUGAUGUUUAUUUGCAUCCUUUAAUUGAUGAGCUCAAAGAUUUAUGGAGUGAUGGUGUAGAGACAUUUGAUGCAUCAACUGGGAAGUGCUUCAAGAUGCAUGCCGCUGUUUUAUGGACCAUAAAUGACUUUCCAGCUUAUGGUAAUUUAUCUGGAUGGAGCACAAAGGGAUACAUGGCAUGUCCUACUUGCAAUAAGGAUGCGUCUUCACAAAAGGUAAGAAGUAAAACUUCUUACACGGGUCACCGUCGGUAUCUUGAACCUAGUCACUCAUGGAGAAAAAGCAAGAAAUUUGAUGGUAAGAAUGAAAAAAUAUUGAAACCAAAAGAGUUAUCAGGAGAUGAUGUCUUAGGACAAUUAGAUUUACUAAGUACUUAUAGACCAGGUAAGCACUCCAAUAAUAAUAAAAAGAAACGUCGUCCUGAAGAGUUGAAUUGGGUGAGGAGAAGUAUUUUUUUUGAGUUACCAUACUGGAAGAGCUUGAAGUUGCGGCGUAAUUUAGAUGUAAUGCACAUAGAAAAAAAUAUUUGUGAGAGUAUUUUGGGGACAUUAUUGGAUAUAGAUGGGAAAACUAAGGACAAAUAUAAAGCAAGACAAGAUCUUAAGGAUUUGAACAUAAGAAAAGAACUAUGGUUGCAACAUGAUGGUUCCAGUUGUACAAUGCUAGCAACUUGUUAUGUUAUGUCAAAGAAAGAGAAAAAAAAGUUUUGGGAAUUUUUGAAAUCUAUUAAAUUUCCUGAUGGUUAUGCUUCAAAUAUUUCAGGGUGUGUAAGUGUGGAUGAUGGUAAGAUAUCUAGACUUAAAAGUCAUGACUAUCAUGUUUUGUUACAAAGAGUGUUGCCUAUUGCUCUUCGUGGAUUUGUAAAUAAAGAUGUCUCUUUAGCAUUAAUUGAGUUAGGUCAUUUCUUCCAAAGAUUAUGUUGUAAAACUUGA